AUGCCUGAUUCAAACAGCACGACUAACAGAAAAUGGAAGAGGUUUGCCAAAAAUUGGGAGUUUAAAAUUGCAGUGUUUGUUAUUCUUUACUUUGUGUUUUCACAUUAUGUAUUGGAGAAUACACAUAAUGUCAAAGAAAGAGGUUUAAACAAGCAUUUGAAAGUGAUUCCAGAAGAAGUUAUAUCUUAUUACGAAAAGCAACCAUUGGAUAAUCCCGACAGAUUGGCAUAUAUGCAAUAUGCAACAAACUACGACUAUCUCAACUUAGCAAUAAUGAACUUUGCUCAUCUUCGAGACGGCAAUACUCGGAUUCCAAAUUUGGUUAUAUUGUAUGAUGAAGUACUACAACACCACACAUCUCAUAAAUGGAACAACUUGUAUCAGGUGGCAAAUCACUACAAUAUUACAUUGAAGCCAGUUCCCUUGGUUAAGGUUUACUACAACGAUGAUACUCCAUGGGCAGCUUCAUUUACCAAAUUUCAUGUUUUCAAUCAAGUUGAAUUUGAAAGGAUUGUUUACUUUGAUUCUGACUCGAUGUUAAUUCGUCCCAAAGUUGACAAUGGCGAGAUAUUUAGCUCACACUCUAACAUAGAUGAGCUAUUCAAGAUUCCAAGGGAGCUUGAAUUUGUUUUGCCACAGGCGUAUUGGUUAAACAAUGUCGUUGAAGGAAAAUCUUCAUUGAAAUACAAAAAGAAGGUGGAGAUUCCUGACUCCAAAAGGUACGGGUUGCGGAUGAGAAAAUUGGUCAAUGACAUAUCUGAAACCAAGAAUUGGAGAUUGCUACCCUCGUUGGUAUUCGAAGCACACAAAUUCGACAAUCCACGCAACUUUUUUGCCAACCACGUAAUGGUAGUGACACCUUCUAGAACAACAUUUGACCAUAUAAUGAAGUAUGUGUAUAAUCCAAUACAUUGGUCACUAACAAACAGAAAAAAAUUGAGAAAGAAAUCAGAGUACGACAUGGAGAUUUUGAACAAGUACUUGGACAAUGAACUAGCAAAGGGAAACAUCAACGUUGGCAUUCUACCACAUCGUGUUUAUGGAGUUCUAACCGGCGAGUUUCGUGAGCCAUGGCACGAAAGAUUUGUUGUUGAACCGCAAUAUCUACCGUUUAUCAAAAAACGAUCGAACCGAGGUUGGGAUCCAAUAAAAAUGUUGCAAAAGAUCAAAUUGAUUCACUUCUCAGAUAGUCCCAUACCCAAGCCAUGGGAAAUGGAGAAUGGGGAAGACGAGUAUGAACAACCAUACAGUACAAAACUAAUCUACUGUAAAACUGGGAACAUGACGGAAUACCAUGCCAAAUACACCCAUUUCAAACCACGUCUUGUCGAUGAUUGUGAUAGUGUUGAAAUAUGGAAUUGGUUUCGCAAGCAAUUCAAUAAAGAAAAAGAAGGGAUUUGGUAUAGUGAGUGA